UUCCACCGCCUCGCUUCCGAUGCUUCCGUGUCACUGAAACUUCCGCUGCCGACAAGAUGUUGCAGACUCCACCGCCACACUUUCGAUGCCGCCUUGUCACCGAAACUUUUCCGUUGUCGCGAUUACUGCUACAGAUUUGAUGAUCACAAAAGCAUGAUUUUCAUAAAGCACACAUGAAAGUUAACUUGGAGAAGAUAAGAACACAUGCAAGUUGAAGGAGAUUCACAAAGGCACAACGAUGGUGGUCUUAGUAAGCAAUGGUAGAAUAGUGUAGGCAUGGUUGACGAUGACCGACAUUGGCAGGGAGAAAAGAAGCGACACAACCAUGGUUUGUAUGUGAUUUUUUUCAUUUCAAAGAACACACACGUGGCAUUGUUUCAGACAUCAGAUUCAUCCAACCGCCUACAAUUACUUAAAGGUAGAGUGACGUUCGCGCCAGAACGUUAGACAAUCCAUAUCCCUAAACAACACGAUGGAAAAUGAUUAUUUAUUUUGUAAAUUUACAUAAUUGUUUAUAUCAAUUAUAUUGAAUUGAAAAUGAGAUAACUGAAAAUUUGAGCUCAAACUUUUGACUUAAAUCACAAGUUAGUAGUACGUGCAGUAUCUAUCUACCACUACAUUAGAAAAUGUGGCUUUCUUCCACCUCAAUCUUCCUCUUCCUUUACUUCUCCUCAUCAAUUUGUUCCGCCGCCGCCGGCGAUCUCCGCCUCACGCUAGAAGCUAAGAAGCUAGUGAGAGACCUUAAUUUGUUCCCGGAAGUCAACCUCAACAUCGCCGCUGCUGCAAAUUCAUCUUCGUUAGAUCUCAGUGGCAAAAUCGUUGAAAAGCGCCUCAGGUUUCCUAAUCUUGUUGCCGAUGAUGAUGAUGGUGUUUCCGUUGAGGAUUUUGGUCAUUAUGCUGGCUAUUAUCCCAUUCAAAAUUCCCAUGCUGCAAGGAUGUUCUACUUUUUCUUUGAAUCACGCAACCGCAAGGAAGAUCCUGUUGUGAUUUGGUUGACUGGAGGUCCUGGCUGUAGCAGUGAAUUGGCUUUGUUUUAUGAAAAUGGUCCUUUCAAGAUUAAUGACAAUUUGUCUCUUGUGUGGAAUCAGUAUGGUUGGGACAAGGUUUCAAACCUUUUGUAUGUUGAUCAACCAACUGGAACUGGCUUUAGCUACAGUACUGAUUUGCGUGACAUUCGUCAUGAUGAAAAGGGUGUUAGCAAUGACCUGUAUGACUUUUUACAGGCCUUCUUUGUAGAGCAUCCCCAAUAUGCAAAGAAUGACUUUUUUAUUACAGGUGAAUCGUACGCUGGGCACUAUAUUCCUGCUUUAGGCUCUCGUAUCCGUCAGGGAAACCAAGCUAAUGAAGGAAUUCAUAUAAAUUUGAAGGGAUUGGCCAUUGGUAAUGGACUCACUAAUCCUGCAAUUCAGUAUAAAGCUUACCCAGAUUAUGCACUGGACAUGGGCCUAAUUACACAGGCUACACAUGACCUCCUUGGCAAAGUAUUGGUUCCAGCCUGUGAAUUGGCAAUAAAGCUAUGCGGCACCGAUGGUAAGAUUUCCUGUCUGACUGCACAAGUAGCAUGUAAUCUCAUAUUCAACGACAUCCUGUUGCACGCCGGAGAUGUAAAUUACUAUGAUAUCAGAAAGAAGUGUGAGGGGAGCCUCUGCUAUGAUUUUUCAAACAUGGAGAAGUUCCUGAACCAAAAAUCGGUUCGGGAUUCACUAGGGGUUGGCAAAAUUCGUUUUGUUUCUUGUAGCACUAAAGUUUAUAUGGCUAUGUUGGUGGACUGGAUGAGGAAUCUGGAAGUUGGAAUACCUCUCCUUCUUGAGGAUGGAAUCAAUUUACUUAUUUAUGCUGGGGAAUAUGAUUUGAUAUGCAACUGGCUUGGUAAUUCAAGAUGGGUUCAUGCCAUGAAAUGGUCUGGUCAGAAAGAAUUUGUAGCCUCGCCUGAUGUUCCUUUUGUUGUUAAUGGUUCACAAGCGGGAUUAUUGAAGAGCUAUGGUCCUCUGAGUUUCCUUAAGGUCCAUGAUGCGGGUCACAUGGUUCCAAUGGACCAGCCCAAGGCUGCAUUAGAGAUGCUUAAGCAGUGGACUCGGGGAACCCUAGCUGAAUCCAUAGCUGGUGAGGAAAAUUUGGUUGCUGACAUGUGAGCCCUUUUGUUGCUUUGUUGCGUCUUUAAUCUAGCAAAAGGAAACAAAAAUGAAAUGGAAUUGGAGUGGAAGUGUGUACACUGUUAUUCGUUACUUUAGAUGUUUAUUUUGGUUUUCUACACGAGAAAACUGAUACACGUAAACUAUUUUUAUACUGAUUUCUAAUGAGAAUUCGACAUUUUGUAAUUACUUUUAAAUUACGGUAAUAAAGUAGAAUUCAACA